AUGACCUGGCAACGCUGCACAGGCACCGGCGGUAGCAGCUGCACUAACGUCAACGGUGAAAUCGUCAUCGACGCCAACUGGCGCUGGAUCCACGCCACCGGUGGCUACACGAACUGCUUCGACGGCAACGAAUGGAACAAGACAGCCUGUCCCUCCAACGCUGCUUGUACGAAGAACUGCGCCAUCGAAGGCUCAGACUAUCGUGGCACUUACGGUAUUACGACUUCGGGUAACUCCCUUACACUCAAGUUCAUUACUAAGGGCCAGUACUCGACGAAUGUUGGGUCGCGCACGUAUCUCAUGAAGGAUACGAACAACUAUGAGAUGUUCAACUUGAUUGGGAAUGAGUUCACGUUCGAUGUUGACCUCAGUCAGUUGCCUUGUGGCCUGAAUGGAGCACUGUACUUUGUCUCCAUGCCUGAGAAAGGCCAGGGCACACCUGGUGCCAAGUAUGGAACUGGUAAGCUUUCUCAGUGCUCAGUUCAUAUCUCAAAAACACUCACUGACGCUUGUGCUCGCGAUCUGAAGUUCGUCGGCGGUGAGGCGAAUGCUGAUGGAUGGCAAGCUUCCACGAGCGACCCCAAUGCUGGAGUUGGCAAGAAAGGCGCCUGCUGCGCUGAAAUGGAUGUUUGGGAAGCCAACUCCAUGUCCACCGCUCUGACACCCCACUCAUGCCAGCCCGAAGGCUACGCCGUCUGCGAAGAGAGCAACUGCGGCGGUACAUACUCCCUCGACCGCUAUGCAGGAACCUGCGAUGCCAACGGCUGUGACUUCAACCCGUACCGCGUCGGCAACAAAGACUUCUAUGGCAAAGGCAAGACAGUCGACACAUCCAAGAAGAUGACCGUCGUAACCCAAUUCCUCGGCACCGGCUCCGACCUCACCGAGCUCAAGCGCUUCUACGUCCAAGACGGCAAGGUCAUUUCCAACCCGGAGCCCACCAUCCCGGGUAUGACCGGCAACUCCAUCACACAGAAAUGGUGUGAUACACAGAAGGAGGUUUUCAAGGAGGAGGUGUACCCAUUCAACCAGUGGGGCGGUAUGGCAUCCAUGGGCAAGGGCAUGGCGCAGGGCAUGGUGCUGGUUAUGAGUCUGUGGGACGAUCACUACUCGAACAUGCUGUGGCUUGAUUCUACGUAUCCGACUGAUCGUGAUCCGGAAUCUCCUGGUGCGGCGCGUGGGGAGUGCGCGAUUACGAGUGGCGCGCCGGCGGAGGUCGAGGCGAAUAAUCCGGAUGCGUCGGUUAUGUUCUCGAACAUCAAGUUUGGUCCCAUCGGGUCUACUUUCCAGCAGCCUGCUUAG